AUGCUGGAAAAAAGGUUUAAUAAUGCGAAAUUAGGAAUCGAAUUGACAUCAUAUGUUGAUAAUAAGCAAAAUAUUUGGUUUCAAGGAAAAGAUGUUGCUAAGAUCCUUGGUUAUAGUGAUACUGCACAGGCUAUUAGAAAACAUGUUGAUGAGCAGGAUAAAUAUAAAGGGGGCGUCGAAACGACGGGGGGUUUACAACAAUCAUUUUAUAUAAAUGAAUCUGGUUUUUACUCCCUUGUAUUAUCAUCAAAAUUAGAAACCGCUAAAAAGUUCAAAAAAUGGGUAACCUCUCAAGUUCUCCCAUCUAUUCGUAAAUACGGUUACUACAAACUUUUUGACAACCCAAAUAAUAAAAUGUUUAAGAUUGCAAAUGAGAUGGAUCUUCACUGUAAAGUUGUUCAACUAAUAAGGUGUUAUUAUCCGGAUGUUAUUAUGGUAGCCGGACUUGGGGAAAACCAAGAUACAGCAUACAAAAGAAUUAUAAGUUGGAAAAAAGGUUAUCUACGUGGACAGCCAGAUCUUAUGAUACUUAAUAAUCAUAAGGAUUUUAAUGGUUUAUGUAUUGAGUUUAAAUCGCCAACUAAUAAAUAUCAAAUUUCAGAUGCACAAAAACAAAUGAAAGAAAGAUAUAAGGAAAAUUGUUACAAAUUUAUUCUUAGUAAUGAUUACGAUGAUAUAUGUAUGCAAUUACAUAAAUACAUGGCUGGCGUUCGUAUUCCAUGUAAAUAUUGCACAAAAGCAUUCCUUAAUAAAGAAACAUUAGAAAAACAUUAUAACAUUAUCCAUCGAAUUGAGAAAAACAUCUAAUUUCUAUAUUUACAAAUAUAGAAAUUAAAAGGAAAACCGUAGCCAAGGGAUCAGCAGGGGCUGAACUUUUUAUUAUACUUUUUAACAAAUCUAUCUGCUAGAGGAGUCUGAUCAAUUAUCAUUUCAUCUAUCAACUUCAUACGAUCGAUAAAAUCUUGUUUACUCCAGUCAUCUCCUCUCAGAGCUGAUCUCAAUUCUACAAGAACUUUUUCAUACGUCGUAAAUGCAAUUUGCGCCAUUUCCAUUUUUUUCUUAUAAUUCUUCAUUUUUGAAAUACUUGCAACUAGCACCCCAGCGCCGUUUAUCGCACCGAGUAUUAUUGGGUUAAGUGUUAUUCCACCCGCCAUAGUUCCCACCACUACUAAUCCUCCUCCAGAAAGUGUAAGUGUUUCAUCAAGCAGUUUAUAUCUCUUGUACGACCGCUUAAAACACCAGUAUUUCUUAUGAUAAUGGCUGUAAAAAUCUUUUAGUGUUUUAAUAUUUGAUUCUGUCAAAUUUUUAUCAAUAUGAUUAAAUUCAAAGAUGUCUUUCAUUUUAAUAAAUUAUUAUAUUAAUGAUCCCACCAGCAGGGGGGUGGAGGAUUGAGUGUCCAGUAAAUGAGCCCGGUUAAAUUACCGAGAAAAGAACAUUGUUUAAAAGGCGAAUCAAAUACAUAAACUUUACCUCGCCCCUUUCCAUAUUUAUUCCAUAUUUCAUUAAAAGCCCAACUGAAUAUUUGAUGAACAGCGGCAAUUGAUAGUGUCGGAGGAAACGCAUUUUUGCAAUCAUCGAGAAUAAGCAUUAUAUAAUCCAAAGUGGCAUUUUUAUUUAAAUAAUGUGCGAGAAGAAACUGAUAAACAAGACAAAAUCUGAUAAAAUUAGGAUUAAUAUCAUCGCGUUUAUAACGAGGAAAAUAGUGAUUAACAUACUCAACAAUAUUUUGCAACAUUUUAUAUAUUAACAUAUAUUAUUUAAGUAGUAACUUUUUUUCAGGGGGUUUUAUUCUUUGUGCGGCGUAGCUAAGGGAGGGGGUCAUAGGGGGAACCGUAGGUUCCCCUAUACUAUAUAAGAUCCAUUUAACUUUUCUUGAAGCAUUACUUUGUGAAAUUGAAUAGAGUCAAAGUCGUAAAAGUUUGGAGAAUACAUUAAUUUAUUUAACACUCCAUCUUCAGUUGUAAACUUCCAACGUUGAUUAACAUUGUAGUGAACAGCCGGUAUAGUUAUUGUUCCGCUAUAGUUACUUAUUUUAACUUUUGUGACAUCUGAAUCAAAAUUUUCUGUUAGCCAUAAAACAAUUCUUUUUCCAUUAAAACUACUUGGCAUGGUAAAACUUAGAGUUAUUUUAUUCAGAUUUAAUUUUACUAAAUUGUUUGUUUUGUCAUAAUUUAAUUUUACUAAAAUAUUAUUGUUUGUUGACAUAUAUUUAGUUAGGGUAAAAUUCCUAUUUUUCCAAUGAGUAAAAACAAUACAUAAAGUAGAUUUGGAAGAAUGCGAGGGAGAAAAAGUAAUAUCAUAGCCAUUAACAUUUAAGCCAUCUUCUCUUAUUCUACUUAGGUCUUUAUCGGGUAGUGAAAUAUUAGGUUUUAAAGAAUUGAAAACAACUCCAUAUACACCCAUACUUAAUCUAUAAAUAUUCGCAUCAGUAAAUUCAUAGAAUUCACUAAAGUAUAAUCUGUGAAUAGCGUUUGCGGUGUAAGGAGCUAGUUCUUUUACUAAUGCAACUGUUGCAGCACUAUUGUCAUUUUGUCGCUCAAGUUUGAUAUUUCUUAUUGCUUUUUGAUUUGCGUUGAUGUUGACAUUGUACACCACUUGGGUUGGUGAAAUAUCAAAUGCGGUGUGAUAGUCGUAAACUUUAUCCGGAUCGAUAUUGCUAAAUGUUCCCACAAUUCCAUAAGUAAUUAUAUAAACUCCCAGAAACUGUCUCGGAUACACAGCCAAGUCAGUUCCAUCUUGUGGUAUAUUAACCAAAAUGUGAAGAAAGAAUCUAUUUCCAGUUGACAACUUCUUGAAAUUAACUAUUAUUCUGUGAUAAUACAUAAAUGCUGGUUGUCCAUUUGAUUGUGUGUACCUAUGAGAUAGUUUCCUUACACUUUCAUUUUCAAUUGAUAAUCCUGUUGAAGUUCCUUUGUCUACACUUAUUUGAGACUUAUGCCACAGUUGAUAAUCAGUGUUGAGUAUUUCCAAACACAGUGUGUAUUCGGUAUUUGCAGUUAACCUGUAAAAGUUGAUUCCCAUUUUGUACUUAUACCCACCUUGGGAAUUUUUGUAUAUAGUCGUAUAAAGAACUUUGUGAUUAUAAUCGUGAAAGUUGCCUUUACUAGGUGCUAAGUCAUCUAUCUUUGUUAUAUUAAAGGAGUUUCCUCCAUCUAUUUCAUCCGUCCAUUGAUCCGAACUUGACAUAAGAUAAGCAAACUGGUUGUUGUAAUGACUUGGUUGAACUGCAGUGUGAUGAACUAGUUUGUCAGUGUAAUCUUUAGUUACCGCAUCAUUGACUUGAGUUGGCUUACUAAGAUUUAUUAUUUUAUUAUUACCAACAUUAAGGUUUCCAGUCAUAGCGACAGUACCAUCUUUUUCCAAAUAAUCACUCAAAUCUGGGGCACCUGUGUUAUCAUCCACAUAUUUCUUUGUUGCAGCAUCUGUGUUUGAUGUUGGAGCUGCGAGACCAACUAUUUUUUUGUUUCCAAGAUUUAGGUUAUUAGUCAUUGAUACACUUCCAUCUUUUUUUAUAAAAGAACUAGUAUCAGGUAUUGAGUCAUCCACAUACUUUUUGGUUGUUGCAUCUGUGUUUGAUGUUGGUGGUCUAAGGUUAAUUAUUUUUUUAUUAUCCAUGUUUAGAUUAUUAGUCAUUGCAGAUGAACCAUCACGGGCAACAUACUUUAAAUCUGUAAAAGCUAAUGGUGUUGGUUGAUUACCUCCAUUUGGAGCUGGUAGAUUAAAUAUUCGAUUAUUAGCCAUAUUGAGAUUACCUUUCAUUGGGUAUGAGCCAUCUCUGUCAAGAAAUGUGUUGUCUACGUAUUCUUUUGUGGGCGGUUCUUUUCCGUCCAGUGGUGUGCUAAGAUUUGUAAUUCGGUAUGUAUUUUUCAUAUCAAUGUUUGAAUCAACUGACAAUCGCGAUGUUGCACUGGAUUUAUCAUCCACAUACUUUUUGUUUGCUGCGUCAUCAUUAGCUGUUGGUGCGCCAACUUUAAUUAUUUUAUUAUUAUUCAUGCUUAGAGUGCCAAUCAUUGUUCGGGAACCAUUUCUAUCAAGAAAUCUGCUGUCUGAGUAUUGUUUUGUAGCCGGUUCAUCCGCGUCAACCGGAUGUUUGAGGUUAAGAAUACGAUAUCUAUCCUUCAUAUUUAUAUUUGAAUCAACUGUUAAUCGUGAUGUUGCGGGUGAUCCACCUCCAGAAUUAUCAUCAACAUAUUUUUUUGUAGCAGCAUCAGUAUUAUUACUGGGUGCUCCUACAUUUGUGAGUUUUUUUCCACUUAUAUCAUAAUUUCCAUCUGCGGUUAGACUAAAACCAACUCCUGGAGCGCCCUGAAUUCCUUUAGCAAAGGGAUGAUCAAAAGAUUGCUCGUUAAAUAUUCCCAUCUACAUUAUGUUUAUAGUAUUUUAUUAAAGGGGGGCAGUAAAGUUUUUUGCAAUACGUUUUUUUGGUUUAUCAAUGUAUAGAAAUGAAUAAGGUUUUUUAGUUGCCGUUUUAUAAUCUUCUUUUUUAACUCCCAACUCAGAUGAUAUCCUAUUGGAUUCCCUCGAUGAUGGAAAUUGGUAAAGGCAGUAGUGAGAGCAGUUUAAACGAAUAUCUUUAGGCGUUUUAUAAAAAGAUUGACUGAGGUAGAUUACAGAGCAAUUCUUAUGUCGACCCUGAAUAAAAUAAUCAAUCAGUUGUCUCUGGUUUUUAUCACAAACGUAGUCAUCGAAUAUCACAAGUUUUUGAUUGUCUUCGUAAUCCAUUUCUGUAACCGGGGUUAUUUCGUCGUUACUCGCAUGAAGUAUUUCAUAACCGAGUUGGCUACUCAUUUCUCUCAUUUUCUGAAUUAACUUUUGAUACUUAUCCUGCUCUAAAUUUCGCGCGUAAAGAUAAAUCUCAUCAUAGUACAACAGCGGUUUAAUUAACAUGUGAUAUAACAGAUUAGUUUUUCCACUUCCACUGUUUCCACAAAUUAACAUCCGAAAUGUAUCUGAUGGCAUGUAAGGAAACAACUGUUUAUAUUUUUUAUCUGGGUUGUCAUUGGUAUCAUAGUUUGGUAUUUCCAUUUAUAUAAAAGUUACAUAAUAUCCUCUCACGUAGGUUCCCUUAAUAUAAUAAAUAGAUAAAUGGAUAUUGAAGAACACAAAAAACUUGCAAAAAAUAAACUUGAAGCUGAUGCUUUGGUACGACAGGUGAGAGAUGUUAUAAAAACAACAAAAUGGCAAAAACAAGAUGCCCGGGAAGGUUUUAAAGAAUCAUUUCAACCUUUAGUUUCUCAGUUUGAAAAACCUGAGGACCCAAAAGCAACUAAUAUUUUCACUCAAAAUCAAAAAAUAAUAGAAAAUCAAAUCCAAGCGAUUAAAGAUAAAAAAAACAAAAUAAAUGUUAGAAAAGAAAUUGCUAAAUCUUUACAAAGACUUGCUGAUAUGGGAGAAGUUUCAACUUUACCUAAAAAACCUGAAGAAUUAGACCCAUGGUAUAAAACAUGGGCACCAGAUCAAGAAGACUCAGAUCAAGAAACUUGAAAAAAAUAUAGAAGACAAAUUGCUGUAAAUUAUAUGGAGGAAAAAUUUAAUGGAGAAGAACUUGAAAUGUUAAAAUUUUACGGCCUCACAUUACCAAGGGAUUUUACUUUAACUAAUGUAAAAACUUUGGAAAACCAAUACCAAAAUUUAAAUGAUAAUAUUAAGGAAUUAAAUGGGCGAAUUUUAGGAAGAAAAAAUACUAAAAAACCAUCACCAUUAUAUAUUGAAGAAACUAACACUUUAAAAAAAACAAUAGGUACUUUAUACAAAUAUCGAAAUACAAUUGGUGAAUAUUUUGAUGAGAUUAAUUAUAAAACAGGAAGCGGUAUUAACUUUUAUAACUCGCCCCAACAAUUACUAAAAAGACUUGAAUUACUUAGUGGAUCACUUGCUGCAGGAAACAAUGGAGUAUUGCGUGAAUACAUUCAAAUCGUUCAUCAACUAAAAAAUAUCGGGGUUUUAAAUAAUAACCAACUUAAUAAACUAUUAAAAAGCACUCCUUUGAAUAUAUAAUCAUUAAUUAAAAAUGGAAGAACGAGCUAUUCACAUUUCUUCGAUAAACAGGGAAAAAAGAGGAACAAGCAGACCUGGUGAUUUUACAAUAAAGUUUAAUCCACCUCUAAAACUUGACCCUGAAAUGAAACACCAACUUGCUCUUGAUCGGCUGUCUAUGACUUAUUCUUGGUACAACAUUAGAAGUGAUUACGGCAACAAUAAAAUCAAAUACACACAUGAUGGAACCAACUGGCAAACAAUUACUUUUACAGAUGGAAUGUAUUCCUACUCAGAUAUUAAUGAUUACAUUCAUCAAUACAUGGACCAAAAGUCUCAUCACACAAAAGAUUCGGGUGGAAAAAAGACUUAUUCAAUCAAUCUAACUUUUGUGUUGUCUACCUAUCGCGUGUUACUAUCACUUAAUGGCAAUUAUCAACUUGAUCUAAGAGGAACAAAAUUUGGAGACUUGAUUGGAUUUGAAAAGAAACUUAUUACAAAAACAGAGUAUGGAACAAAACUACCAAAUAUCACAAAUUCGAUUGAUGUGUUAAAUAUCAACACAAGCGCAAUAACUGAUAGCAUUGUAAAUGGAAUAAAUACAAAUACUAUUGCUGUGAUACCAACAGACAAUCUAACAAGGUCUUAUCCAUUUACGUUUGAACCAAAAAGACCAUUAUAUUGCUCUUUAUCAUCAUUUAACAUUGCUGAGAUGAGAAUAUAUGUCACGGACUCUCUUGGAAGACCAGUAAAUUUUAAUGGUAUUGAUUGGUUUAUGACUUUGAUACUUCACUCUAUGUAG